UCAUUUUCCUCUGUGUUUUUCUUUUUCUGACUGAUUUUCCGGGAAAAUUUCUCUCACUUUUACUCUCUGGUUUCCCGGCGACAGAGGAGGAAGUAGAAGAGUAGAAGGAAGAAAUUUCUCUGCUUCUACGGAAACUCUUUUUUCUCUUCCCUUCUUCCCUUCUCAACUUCCGUGAUCAACUCAAUUUCUUCAACAACCCCCUUCCAUAACAAUCCUCCAUGAAUCCCCUCUAACCCCACCUGAGUUUUUCCCUUCUCCUCUGUCAAGUAGAAAGUAAAUGAAUAUGGACAAACUUCCUGGGGACUCUCUGCCAGCUCAUGGUCCAAUAAAAGUUGGAAGCAGUGCAUGGGGAAUACCACAUACAGCUAAUGUAUUGCAUGAUUCAAGUGAUGUUAGCUUGUUUUCCAGUUCACUGCCUGUUCUUCCGCAUGGAAAAUUAGUGAAUUCGACUGACUCUGAAGAUUAUGGUCGACCUGUUGAUGAUAGCUUGCUGACAUUAGAUAAAGAUCACAAAGAGGAAGAGGGGCAAGGUCCUUUUGAUGAUAUGGAAACCAAUGCAAUUGGAAACCUGCUUCCGGAUGAUGAAGAUGAGCUUUUAGCUGGGAUAAUGGAUGAUUUUGACCUUACUAGGUUACCCAUUCAAUUGGAGGAUUUGGAUGAAAAUGAUCUGUUUGCCAAUGGUGGGGGAUUUGAAAUGGACUUUGAACCACAAGACAGCCUUAGUAUUGGUCUGUCAAAGAUAAGCAUAUCAGAUGGACUUGCUUCGAGUGGUAUUGCACAGUAUGCAAUCCCGAAUGGGAUGGGAGCGGUGGCCGGGGAGCAUCCUUAUGGAGAGCAUCCGUCAAGGACACUAUUUGUUCGAAACAUCAACAGUAAUGUUGAGGACUCUGAACUAAGAAUACUAUUUGAGCAAUAUGGGGAUAUCAGAACGUUGUACACAGCAUGCAAGCAUAGGGGCUUUGUGAUGAUAUCUUACUAUGACAUUCGAGCUGCUCGUACUGCAAUGCGCGCUUUACAAAACAAACCUUUGAGACGAAGAAAACUUGAUAUUCAUUUUUCAAUUCCCAAGGAUAACCCCUCGGAAAAAGAUAUAAACCAAGGAACCCUUGUAGUGUUCAAUUUGGAUCCAUCAGUAUCAAAUGAUGACCUUCGUCAAAUAUUUGGGGCUUAUGGUGAGGUCAAGGAGAUCAGGGAAACACCACAUAAGAGGCACCACAAAUUUAUUGAGUUUUAUGAUGUUAGAGCAGCAGAGGCAGCUCUUAAAGCAUUAAAUCGAAGUGACAUUGCCGGGAAACGCAUAAAACUUGAACCCAGUCGCCCUGGUGGAGCACGUAGAAACUUGAUGCAACAACUGAGUCAAGAACUGGAACAAGAUGAAACUCGCACUUUUAGGCAUCAAGUAGGUUCACCUCUGGCCAAUUCUCCUCCUGGUAACUGGGCACAUUUUGGUAGUCCAAUUGAACCUAAUCCAUUAGGCUCUUUUAGCAAGUCUCCUGGUUUGGGUCAUGCAAGCCCUAUGAGUACCAACCAUUUGUCAGGAUUGGCUGCUCUUCUUUCCCCACAUACAUCAAGCCCUACCAAGGUUGCACCCAUUGGGAAGGACCCUCGAAGGGUUACACAUCAGUUGUUCGCUAACUCUGGAUCAACACUAGGAGCAGCUUUUCAGCAUUCUAUGUCAUUUCCCGAGCAAAAAGUAAAUGCAACUCCUAGACCUACAUCUACGUUUGGUGAAUCACAUUCAAGUUCAUCAAGUAUUGGAACACUGUCUGGUCCUCAAUUUCUUUGGGGAAGCCCGACUCCGUAUUCGGAGCAUCCAAAGACAUCUGCCUGGUCUUCUUCUUCUCUGGGACAUCCAUUUACAUCUAGUGACCGAAGGCAGGGAUUCCCAUAUACUAGUCAUCACAGUCCUUUUCUUGGCUCCCAGCAACAUCAUCAGGUAGGGUCUGCUCCAUCUGGCCUUCCUCUUGAUAGGCAUUUUAGCUACUUCCCGGAGUCACCUGAUGCUUCUCUCAUGAGCCCCGUUGGUUUUGGGAAUUUAAACCACGGUGAUGGGAAUUUUAUGGUGAACAUGGGUGCUCGUGCAUCUGUUGGAGUUAGUGUUGGCCUUUCAGGAACUAAUACUGAAAUUAUUUCACCUAAUUUCCGAAUGAUGUCACCACUGCCUAGGCAUGGUUCAUUGUUCCUUGGGAAUGGUUCCUAUACUGGACCAGGAGCAACUACUAUUGAGGGGUUGGCUGAACGUGCACGAAGUAGACGUCCUGACAAUAAUGGGAAUCAAAUGGAUAGUAAGAAGCUGUAUCAGCUUGAUCUAGAAAAAAUCAUCAGCGGUGAAGAUACAAGGACUACUUUAAUGAUUAAAAACAUUCCUAACAAGUACACUUCAAAGAUGCUGCUUGCUGCUAUUGAUGAGAAUCACUGCGGGACUUAUGACUUCGUCUACUUGCCAAUUGACUUUAAGAACAAGUGUAAUGUGGGUUAUGCUUUCAUCAAUAUGGUGUCUCCUUCACACAUCGUCCCCUUCUUUAAGGCAUUUAAUGGGAAGAAAUGGGAGAAAUUUAAUAGUGAAAAAGUUGCUUCGCUAGCAUAUGCACGGAUACAAGGAAAGGCUGCGCUUGUGAUGCAUUUUCAGAACUCAAGCUUAAUGAAUGAGGACAAGCGGUGCCGACCUAUUCUCUUUCAUUCAGAGGGCCAAGGUACUGGUGACCAGGAACAUCUUCUGUCCAGCAAUUUGAAUAUCUGCAUUCGUCAACCGGAUGGGUCGUACACAGGUGAUUUGUUGGAGAGCCCAAAGGGCAAUUUGGAUGAGAAGCUAGAGAAAGAUUAACCAUUUGUUAGAGAUAUAUUGUUCCUAGCCGUAAUAAAUGGGGCUAGGAGUGCUAACUAGUGCAUAGGCAAUCUUAAGGUGUACAAAACCAAUUCAUCAAAAAAACCAAAACAAAAAAAAAGUUGUAUAAAAGUGAAAAAGAGCACCCCAGUUAUCAAGUGGGAAGAGACUGUGGAUAUGUCAAUAGUUCAUAAUAAUGUUAUAAAAUGCAGAGAUGUGGAUGAUGUGCAGAGAAACAAGAAUUGUUAUACUGCCAGCGGAAAGGAAUAACUUGGAGUGUGUUUUGCUGGAUGGUAAGUUUCUACAGCAGCAGCAGCAUGCAUGCCAAAUUGUGCAGGAUAUGACUCUGUCUGGGAUUUGUUAUUUUUUUCUCCUUGCUGAGGCUGGUGUUGCCUUUUGCGGAUGUCUCUAUUGUGUAUAUGGAAAAAGCAAAAAAAUGUUCCAGUUUCUGGAAAAUAGUUUGUACAUAAGGGUAAACAUGGAACUAUCAUGUUUGUCAGUCCUUGUUUUAUGGAGUCAAAAUUGUGGUCUGUAAAGAUGUAAACCUGGUACCUCCUGUCAUUUAUUUUAAACUAUUGUUCAUGACAGUCUAAAUACUUUGAAA